GUGCUGGUGUUGACCUCGUUGCUCUCGUUGUCGCCAAGAGCUAUCACCGCCGAUGGCGCGGACGCCUCCUGCUGCCGCGCAACGAAGCGGAGGACGGCAAACACGCGCUCGAGCUCCGUUGACGGCAACACCCCACGCGCCGGUGCCCCCGGCUUGGUUUGCACAUUCGCCUUUGACUUUGUCAUCUGGAAGGGCAAGCUUAACCAACGCUCUUCCCAGUACUUUACUCCCACUAGCUUUUUUUUUAUUCUCCCUGUGGCCGCCUCCCACUCGCUUGUGGUCUUUUUUCCCUGCUGCCGUUUUACUGCGUCUACCUGGGGCCUCGUCGUCCCCCUGCUUUCGUGGGCUCCCGCCUCGCGGUGUGCGGCGCUAGCAGAAAGAGAGGUGAAGCGAAGGCGGGAGGUGGCUCGCUGCGUGCGUGCGUGCGUGCGUGCGUGCGUGCGUGCGUGCGUGCGUGCGUGCGUGCGUGCGUGGUGA